AUGACCAAGCACUCCGCCGCCGUGCUCGCUGCCAUGGCUGAUGGUGAGUUGUGGGCUCUCCAUACCAUCCGCAGCCAGGAGAAGAUGGGCUCGCCUUCCUCCAGCCCUGUCACAUCCUGUAGGAAGGUGACUAUCAGAGCAGAUGGCAGUAUCGAACUCCUGCUUCUCGACGAAAUUCUCGACUCCAGUGUAGCCCAGCAGAAGACCAUGGUAUCAGAGCCGGUGUAG